AUGUAUGGUUUUAAUCCUUAUAUGGCUUCAGAACUGGAAUCUGAUAUGUGGAUUGAACACAAUAUUCCCGGCGGAUUAGACAGUCCAUUGGGUACGUAUCUUGAUCAUUUAAUGGGUGGAAAUCCAAAUCCAACCAUUGGUCAACUUGUGGGUGGUUAUGCCGGAAGUGGUUAUUCCGGAGGUGGUCAUCCCGGAGGUGGUGGAUUGGGAGGUAAUCCUGGUGGCAGAUCCGGUGGGUUCUCAGGUAAUUCAGGUGGUGGUGGAUUGGGAGGUAAUCCUGGUGGCAGAUCCGGUGGAAAUCAUGGAGCCGGUGGAUUCUCAGGUAAUCCAGGUGGUGGUGGGUUGGGAGGUAAUCCUGGUGGUAGAUCCGGUGGUAAUCAUGGAGCCGGUGGAUUCGGAAGUAAUCCUGGAGCCGGCGGAUUCGGUGGUAGUCAUGGAGGUGUUGGAUUAGGAGGUAAUCCUGGUAGUGGAUUCAGUGGUAGUCAUGGAGCCGGUGGAUUUACAGGUAAUCCAGGUGGCAGUGGAUUAGGAGGCAAUCCUGGUGUUAGAUUCAGUGGUAAUCAUGGAGCCGAUGGAUUCAGAGGUAAUCCUGGUAGUAGUGGAUUCGGUGGUAAUCCUGGAGCCGGUGGAAUCACAGGUAAUCCAGGUGGUGGUGGAUUAGGAGGUAAUCCUAGUGUUAGAUUCAGUGGUAAUCAUGGAGCCGAUGGAUUUAGAGGUAAUCCUGGAGUCGGUGCAAUCACAGGUAAUCCAGGUGGUGGUGGAUUAGGAGGUAAUCCUGGUGUUAGAUUCAGUGAUAAUCAUGGAGCCAGUGAAAUCAGAAGUAAUCCUGGAGUCGGUGCAAUCACAGGUAAUCCAGGUGUUAGAUUCAGUGGUAAUCAUGGAGCCAGUGAAAUCAGAAGUAAUCGUGGUGGUGCUGGACUGGAAGAUAAUCCACGUAGUGGUGAAUUGGGAGGUAAUUCUGGAGGUGGUGGAGUUAAUCGUUCUCCUCAAUAUGGUAAUUCAUAUGGUUAUUCGAAGUCAUAA